AUGUCAUGUUCAAAAAUAUUUUCAGGAGAUUUACCAGAAUUAAUAUAUGAAAUCAUAAAAUAUCUCCAAAAUGAUUAUUCAACUUUAUAUUCAUGCAUUUUAGUUAACAAAUUAUGGUGUCGUUUAGCGAUUCCAUUAUUAUGGGAAAAUCCUUUUUCAAUUCCUACAAAAAAUUAUAAAUUUAUUGAAAUUUACUUACAUAAUUUAAAUGAUGAUGAUUUUAACACAAAAUUAAAUGAAUAUAAAAUUGUUAAUAAUUCAUUACCUUCGAAUAUACUGUUCAAUUAUCCCAGGUUUUUAAAAUAUUUGAAUAUAUAUGAAUUUAUUUAUUUAGUUGAGAAGUGGUUUAAAUCUGCUACUGGUAUACGUAAACAACUAGCAACGACUGAUUUUGAAAAAUUGAGUUUUAUAUGUGUAUCAAUAUUUAGAAUUAUUAUUAUUGAAAAUGAAGUAAAUUUACAUACUCUUGAAAUUGAAAAAUCUGGUUUUGAUUAUUAUCUUACAUGUAUUGAUAAUAUUCUUGAGUUAAUUUUAAAAAAUCCAAAUUUCAUUCAUAAUAUUAGAAAUUUAAACCUUUAUUUUGGUAGUUCUUAUAUUGGUAAAUAUACAUUAAUGAAUAAUCGUAUAUCACAAAUAAUUAAAUUACACCAAAAUCUAAAAAAAAUUAUGUUAGACUACUAUGAUUGCAUUCCUUUGUAUCAGUCAUUACUAUCAGAAUAUUUUAAUUGUUCAAAUACUUUAAAUACAAUCAUUUUCCAUUAUGUUAACCUAAAUUGUAUUAGAAAUCUACAAAAAGUAUUUGAACUAUUAAAUGUUUUGGAAUCUGUUCAUAUUUAUUAUUGUUUUGGUUUAAAUACUAGUUUUAUUCAACAAAUUAUUAAUUUAACUAAACCAUUUAAGUUGAAAUCUUUAUUUAUGAAUGAUAUAUCACAAGUUGAAUCAUUAGAAUUAUUAUUACAAAAAUCUGGUGAUUAUUUAGAAAAUUUUGGCUAUAUUCUUGAAGUUAAUUUUAAAUUAUCAUCAAAACAUCAAUUAUUAGAAUUAAUUACAAAAUAUUGUAAAAAUAUCAAAUUUCUUGAUUUUCAUUAUGGAUGUGAAAGGCAGAUUAUUUAUCAAUUACUCAAUUUAAUUGAAAAUAUUAAACUAAGUAUUAAUUAUCUUUCAUUUGAUGUAUGGUAUGGAUAUACUGAAACUGGCGGAUAUAGUUCAAUCAUAUUACAGGAUUUAGGACAAAUUCUCCCUUCUAAAUUAGAAUAUUUAUGUUUGAAUAUUUAUCAUGUUAAAACAAAUGAUUUUGAAUUAUUUCUAAAAAAUAUUCAAGAUACUUUUAUUAAAAAGUUGGUGAUAGAAAAUUUCCAAAAUCUAUUUAAUACUAUUUUGCCCUCUAUAAAAGAAUAUAUCAUGAAAAAGAAAAGGGUUAAGUAUUUGGCUAUUAAGAAUUCUAUAUCAUUUAAGGAAUUGAUUUCACUUAAGGAUGAAGUGGAUGAAUUUAAGUUAUAUAAUAUUAAAGUUCAAAGUUUUGAUGACUUAAAGAUUAACUUGCGUAAUUAUAUAAAGAAAAUUGAUUAAUUGUUUGGUAGUCAAUAGGAAUAUUCCUUUAUAUACAGUAAAAUUUCUUAUAAAUUAA